AUGACAAAGAAAGAAAAAGUAGUUGUCGUCGAAGAUGACGAUGAGAUUGAGUCAGUCAAGGGACCAGCAAGAUCCAGCCCUUUCCAUUUGUUGGGCGCAUUUUGUUUCAUUCUGGCCAUUGUGGCAGCGGUCGUCUGCUGCUUGGUAAGCACGCUGAUCAACGUCGAGGUGCAGACACGUGGCUACAUCUUCUUCGUCACAUUCGUGACGUUCAUCGUGCUGCUCUUCUUCUGUCUGUGCUGCACGUACUACCUGGGAGCAUCGCGUGAGGCCUGGGAGACGCCCACAUUCACAGGCGUGCGCUGGAACUUCACCAACAUCGUGGCCAUGGCCGGACUGUUUGUGGAGUUUAUUCAGAUCUGCUCAUUCUCCUUCAACAAGACGUUUGGCGCGUUCUACGGAUCAAAUUACUUUGAAGCGUUCAAGUACGUGGCCACGCCGUAUGCUCGCGGAGACUACUUCCUCGAGGCCUACUGGGUGAUGUUCGUGAUCGCCUUCUCGCCCUACAUCUUUGUGAUUGCCAUCCGUAUCCUCAUCUACAUCUAUGGUAUCAAGCGUGGAGCCGACUCUGCAGCCAGCGUCGUGGAGCGCUACCAGGACAACAUUUACUCGAUCCUCUGGUUCCUCGUCAACACACUCUACUUCCCCGUCAUUACAAUGAUGCUCACGGGUACCAGUUGCACAUUCUCAGACGGAGGCGCAGCGCCCACACUCGAUGCUGACCGAUCCAUCGUCUGUCUGCAGGGCAAGCACAUCGCGCUGCUCGUCUGCACGAUGAUCGCGCUGAUCAUCUACUACCCCGCAGCUUCAUUCGCGCAGUCCCAGACCCAGAACAUCUCGGAUAUCAAGUUCAAGCCCAAGGUGGUGUUUGUGAUGCUCCAAGGCAAGUUCGUUAUGGGCGCCAUCUGUGUUGCCUUUGGCUACCAGAAGUACUGGGCCUACAUCUCGACGGCCGUCAUCAUCAACUUCUUCUUCCUGGUGCUCAACGUGGUGUUCCAGCCAUGUUUGCUGCCGUGGAUCAACCGUCUGCGUACGGUCUUCUUCUCGCUGUCGUUCUGGGCCUCCAUUGUGCUGGCCUACACCAACAUCCGCUACUACAGCGUCAGCGCAGGUCGUCUGACAAACGCGGUGACCACCUCGCCACUCAUCAUGUUGCUGGUCGGUUGGUUCAUCAUUGUGUUCUUCCUCGUCGGAUUCUUCCUCGGCUUCCGCAGACUGUACAUCCAGCUCACCAACAAGAUCUGGAGCAAACCGAAUAUUGGCGCAGGCGAUGCCGCUCACAAGGGUGGCAGUCCACAGGGUGCCGACAACGAGAGAGAGAUGGAUGAGUUGUCCUCAUCAGACUCCUCGCCACCAUCACUCACACCAGCCCAUAAACCAGAGAAGCAGCAGCCACAGCAACAACAGCAACAGCCAUCAAUAUCAUCGACCCCGUCAAGGAGCAAUGCCAAUCCAGCCAGUUCGCCACCAUCACCAUCAUUGCAGGCAUCGUCUCAACACACAUCGUUGAGUGCAUCGCAGCUUCAGCCAGCGCCACUGCCAAUCAAUAUCUCGGACGACCUAUCCUCAUCGUCAUCAGAGUCUAUAUAA